AUGGGCUAGGCUGGGCUUUCCCGGGGUCGUUUUCUGGGACCUUGGGCGAAAGGGCUCCUUAAUUCAAAUUCAAAUAAAACCUCCCUCCUCCUCCUCCUCCUCCUCGUCCACCUCCUCCACCACCACCACCACCACCAACAUUACCGGCAUCCAUGGCCAACAACGAUCUCUUCACAUCGUUAAUCUCAGAAAUCAAAGCCUAUUCCGGCAAAGACCCUCUUCUCCCUUGGCUAAGAGGGAUUCGAAGAAUGAACGACUCACUCCCACCUCACACUCUAAAGGAGAAGCUGCCUCGCUUCUUGCAGAAAUGCGCACAGACUUUCGAGUCCGAUCGGCGAUAUCGAAAUGACUUACGCUACAUUCGAGUUUGGUUAAAGUUGAUGGAUUUUGUAGAUGAUCCGAGAGCAUUGUUGAGAACAAUGGAGGCUAACCAAAUUGGGACAAAGCACUCUCUGUUCUAUCAGGCAUAUGCUCUCUACUAUGAAAAGAACAAGAAAUUUGAGGAGGCUGAAAAGAUGUACCACUUGGGAGUGCAAAAGCUUGCAGAGCCCAUUGGAGAGUUAGAGAAAUCGUAUGAGCAGUUCCUUCGUCGCCUGGAGAGACACAGGAGACACCGAAACCAGUGCCAGGAAAAGAGAACAACAAAAAGGCUCUUGUCAGAUAGGAGUAUCCCUCAUGCGUGCAGGACUGGGGCCAGGCCUAUAGAACCUGAGCAUGAUGCAAAUAUAAGUAAGCAUCAAGUGACUGCUAAAAUAGGGCCAGAUGAAUCCAGGAUGUUUGGCAGUGAUGAUACAGUUGUGGUGAAGUUUGUAGACACUGCCAUUGUUGGAAAGUCUGAAGCAGAAGAUGCAUGUCACCAUGGAUUGGUGGAUCCUACAAUAAACAUGAAAGAGGCCAUGAGCGCCAUAAAUAACAUGUUUCGAGAGCCUUUAGAGACAGCUCCAGUUAGUAGAAGAUCACGCCAAUGUCAAAGGAAGGACGAUAAUCUGUGCAACGGAUUCAAGGUAUUUGUUGAUGAAAACUUGGAUAAUAGAGGCAAAUCAGAAGAUAAAAUGGAAGAGUUGAGUUUUCCAGUGCUGCAGCAUAGGAGAACUGCUACCCAGCAGUCUCACCAAGAACCUUUAAACAUUUUCAUUGAUGAUGAUAAAGAUAGCCCUGAUCAGAGUGAUGUCCAAAAUUCGACAGAAGAUUCUACCUCACCUGCUUCACAUGGAAAUGUUUUUGUGUUUCCAAAUCCAAAAGAUCUUCCAGGUGAAAGCUCUGGUGAUUUGGAUCUUGGAGGCUCAUCUCGACCAAGGUUUAGAGAGGAUACCAUGGUUUGUAGGUUUGUUGGGUCUACCAUUUUGGAUGAGCCACAGGUGGAAAAUGUUUGCCACCAUGGUUUAGUAGACCCCACGAUCAACUUAAAGGAAGCCAUGGAUGAUAUCAAUAACAUGUUUGGGAAGCCAAUGGAGUUUGUAAGGAAGAGGAGAGUGAAGAAGCAGGACAAAGGAGUAGAUAGAAAAAAUGAUUUUGGUGGCUUUUCUAUACUUCCUGAUGAUAACUUGGACAAUAAACAAGAGAAGAAAAUGCCAGAUUUACCAGGAAGAUCAAGAGAUGCUGAUUUGUUUGAGGCCACUGUAACAACAAAGGAGGCCAUGGAUGAGAUCAAUAAGAUGUUUGGAAUGCCCUUGGACUUUUAGGAACAAUUUCAAUUUUCAACUGCUAUGUGUGUAAUGCAGAUUUUCGGAUUUGUUGUUUUAAAAUUUAUUGAGUUGUGCUCCCCAUUUAACCCUUGUACUUGAAAUUUGGAAAUCUCAGCAUAAACAGAUU